UUUCCGCUUCAUUCACCAACGAAGAAGAAGCGGAGUGGCGGAAGAAGUCGUUGCUAGCAUCUCAGUCUGUCUAAUUUGACCUUUUUCGGGCGUUUAAAAUGAACAACCUGAAUAAACCUCAGGAGUUUGACUCGUAUGAGAUCGAGGAGCCGAGCGACGAGGAACGAGCGGAGAGCAGCUCAGAGGACGAGCUUGAUGUGCUGCUGAACGGGACUCCGGAGCAGAAGAAGAAGCUGAUCAGAGAGUAUCUGACGGGGGAGAGCGAGUCCUCCAGCGGGGAUGAGUUUGAGAAGGAGAUGGAGGCGGAGCUUAGCUCCACCAUUAAGACCAUUGAGGGAACCUGGGGACCAACAUCAGGAGCGGAAAACUCAGGAGGCCAGGGAGGCGGCGGCGGUGCAGGUCCUGUAGUCUCUAACCCUCAGAUGUAUGAUGAGGUGUAUUUCGACUCUGACUCAGAGGAGGAGGACACAGCAAGCAGCUCCACAGGCCGGCGGCGGAGGCAGCGUACCAUACAGACCAAUGAUGAGCUGCUGUAUGACCCUGACGAGGACGACAGGGACCAGGCCUGGGUGGACGCCAGGAGGAGAGGGUACAACAGGAAACGACCAGCUGCAGGGUCUCAACAACGGGGUCAGGGUUUACCCAGCAGCGACGCCAUUCUCAAUUGUCCCGCCUGCAUGACGACACUCUGCCUGGACUGUCAGAGGCACGACAAGUACCGCACACAGUAUCGAGCCAUGUUCGUCAUGAACUGUAAGGUGAAGAGAGACGAGGUGUUACGUUUUAAAACCCAGCCGGAGAAGAAGCAGAGGAACAGGAAGAGGAGGCGGGGACAGAAAACAGAGACACCACUGGACGGGAGACCGGAGCCAACGCCGGAGGGAAUGGACGCUGAUGAGGUUUAUAACCCAGUUCAGUGCUCCGAGUGCUCCACGGAGGUCGCUGUGUUCGAUAAAGACGAGGUCUAUCACUUCUUCAACAUCCUGGCCAGCCACUGCUGACUCACAAGCAGAGAUGUUUUUAGUACCUGGGGGUUUCCCUGAUUUUUUCACCUCCCAGCAGCACUCAGAUUCUUCCUGACCGAGGGGGAAGAAUCCAGCUGUGGUUUCUCCAUCGUCCAGGAUCGGAUCAUAAACUCUGAAAGUCGAUCACACAGAUGGUCACUUAACGUUCCUGGAGAGGAGUCAACGCCCUCUGCAGUGAAAAUGUUGCAGCUCCUCGUGUUACAGGACUUCAAACAUCAGAGCUUUAGGCUCUUGAUUGAUAUUAACAUCUGAACAUAAAUAAAGCUGGGUGAAGCUUUAAACGUGUUGAUACUAUUAUAUAACUUUAAACCAGGACAUAUACAUGUUUCAAAGGGUUUAUUAUUCAACACUACUAAAGGAUAAAACUAUUUGACAUGAAAUAUAACAUAGAAAAUGAAUCUCAGGGUCAUUUAGAAAUGGUCCCUUCGCAUACAGUAGUUUGUCCCGCAGGCUGACUAAAAACACCCUAGCAUCACAGCUGAGCAGACGCAGGUUCACCAGAGAAUAACGGGACGAUAAGGCCGUUCAUUUUUUUUUCAAUCAUGAUUCAUCAAAUUCUUAAUCACAUGUUUGAAAUUCCAUUAUUUUGCAUUUAAAAAAAGAUUUGUGUGGCUUUUAUUUUGAAAGUUUUUACUAUCUUUAACUGAGAAUACUUAACUCGCUAUGUGCUUUCAUUUUGAGUUGAAUUCUUUCAGUGUAAUGCUUUGUUUACAAAACCUCACAUCAGUCAGCCUUCAGUUUAUCUGACGCUGUAAAGGAAUAGUCAGCAGAUAGAACAGUCUGUUAACGCAGUCGUCUACAACAGCAACUCUUCUCUCGGCUGUACUUAAAGGUUGACGUGUUUAACAAGGUUAUUGUUUCUAAAGACUACUUAAAUAACUAGAAUAUGAUCAUACCUGCUUACAAUCACAUUGCAGAGUACGUGUUUGUGUUCAAAAGAAACACUCGUUACUUUUUAUGACGGCUUCCAUUUAUUUUUUUAUCAAGAUGUGAACAAGUGAUAUUUUACAGUUUUAAAUAAACACGUCAUUGAAUUUACAUGAUUAUCA